GAGGUCAUUUUUAGUACUUUGCUGUUGCUGUCAUUAUUGUCAUUUUGAUUUCCUCAACUGAGGGGCGCUCUGUUUUUUUUAAACUAUGAACUACAAGAUCCUGUGUUUCUUGGUUCCAGUCACGGUGUUUUUUAACCUCAGCGACGCGGAAACCAGCAUGUCUGAUUUCGCAAACUGUACACUUACGGAGUACCUUUGUGACGCGCGCAAGUGCACCACACAAUUCAUCAAAAGCGUUCAAAAUGACCCCGAAGGAGACUGUGGAGUCCAGUACAACAAAACCUUGGACUGUGUCAUCAUUUCAAACAAGCUAUGCGGAAGGGUUUUUCCGAGUGACUCAUUCAACAGGACGAUUGAUGAUAGUUUGCGUGAAGGCAUCAAAGAGGAAUAUAUAUGUAACGAAGCAUUUUUGGGUGAAUUUCUCGUUCCCAUGGAGCUGCGUAGUGACCCAUUUUGUUCAGAUGUGUUCUUUAACAACACACAAGCAUGUUUGAAAACUUUUCAUGAAAAAUUUAUGGCUGACAGAUCGGACACCACUCUGUGCGAGUAA